AUGGCCAAGCCAACGAUAGUUCUAGUUCCAGGCUCUUUUGCCGUGCCGGAGUUCUACAACCCAGUCUUCGAUGCUGUACGUGAGAAAGGCUACGAUAUUAAAGGCUUACAUCUUCCGAGUGUGGGCCUCCGAGCUCUUGAGGGCCGACCAGGGAAACCCCCAACUAUGUACGAUGACGCCGCACAUAUCGAUAAGGAACUUGAAAAACUCGCAGAUGAAGGUAAAGAUAUCGUUCUCAUCGGCCAUUCGUAUGGAGGGGUCCCAGUAUCGCAAUGUGGACAGAGCCUGAACAAAGAGGAAAGGAAAAAGCAAGGAAAGUCCGGCGGACUCGUAAACCUCGCUUACUUGACAUGCCUGGUGCCAGGUCUGGGCCAGAACGCUAGAGAUAUCCUGGCUGAGGUGCCCGAUGAGCACAAAGUCGAUAUGAAAGUUCUUGAUGACGGAUGGAUGUUGCACCACAGACCGGAAUCGACAGCUGAAAUUUGUUUCUCGUCGAUUUCACUAGAGGAAGGCACAGCGUGGGUGAAAACGUUCCCCAAACACUCGGCUGUCAGCUUCGUGAAUCCCCUGACGUAUGCGGGAUACAAGCACGUGCCAUGCUCAUAUCUACUAUGUGAACAAGAUUUGUGCAUUCCAGCGAGCGUGCAGCAAGCAGGGAUUGACAUGAUCGAAAAGGAGAGUGGAAGAAAGGUGGAUGUCACCAGUAUCCCUGCCGACCACUGCGCGAAUAUCACAUCAGAAAAGGAGACCAUCGAUUGGAUUGUUGGACUAGGGGAGAAAGCCACAACGAACUGA